CGUAAAUAUUGUGCCUUUAUAGUAAACUUUUAGAAAUCCUAUGAUCGAAUCAUUAAUGCUAUUGAUUCAAUUGAAAUUUAGAAAAAAAGACACAUUAAUGAGUCAAAGACCAAGUUUUACUUGCUUGAAACUCUUCAAGUUACUAAGAAAUUGCUCUACAAUUUCCUCCUAAUUAUCUGCAAUGAAUCAAGUAAAAAUAUUAAUAAUCUUAUAGGCCUAUUUAUGAA